AUGAGUGCGGAUCUGGUGGCUGCAAGCACACAUGGAAAUCUGGACGAGCAGAUUGGUCAGCUCAUGCAGUGCAAGCCCUUGUCCGAACCCGAGGUAAGGAGCUUAUGUGAGAAAGCUAAGGAGAUAUUAAUGGAGGAAAGUAAUGUCCAGCCUGUAAAAAGCCCUGUGACAAUUUGCGGUGAUAUUCAUGGCCAAUUUCAUGAUUUAGCUGAACUUUUCCGCAUUGGAGGGAAGUGUCCGGAUACAAAUUAUCUAUUUAUGGGAGAUUAUGUAGAUCGUGGGUACUAUUCUGUUGAAACUGUUACUCUUUUAGUGGCUCUGAAAGUGCGCUAUCCUCAACGGAUAACAAUUCUUAGAGGAAAUCAUGAAAGUAGACAGAUUACACAAGUCUAUGGAUUUUAUGAUGAAUGCCUGCGGAAGUAUGGAAAUGCUAAUGUUUGGAAGACAUUCACAGAUCUGUUUGACUAUUUCCCACUGACUGCACUGGUUGAAUCAGAAAUAUUUUGUCUGCAUGGUGGAUUGUCCCCUUCUAUUGAAACCCUUGAUAAUAUAAGAAACUUUGAUCGUGUUCAAGAAGUUCCACAUGAAGGUCCAAUGUGUGAUCUAUUGUGGUCUGAUCCAGAUGAUCGUUGUGGUUGGGGCAUCUCCCCUCGUGGUGCUGGAUACACUUUUGGCCAGGACAUUUCGGAGCAAUUCAAUCAUACCAACAACUUAAAGCUAAUUGCUAGAGCUCAUCAGCUUGUUAUGGAGGGAUAUAACUGGGCCCAUGAACAAAAGGUCGUAACUAUUUUUAGUGCACCAAAUUAUUGCUAUCGCUGUGGAAAUAUGGCAUCUAUUUUGGAAGUUGAUGACUGCAGAGAGCACACAUUUAUCCAGUUUGAGCCAGCUCCACGAAGAGGGGAACCUGAUAUAACUCGAAGAACACCUGAUUAUUUCUUAUAG